AUGAUUUCUAGAAUCUCCAAAUAAGUUAACUCUAAUUUAAACUCCAACUAAGAAGAAUGCUCUUACUAAACUGAAUUCCAUCAUUAAACACAUUCCUAAUUUAAAGAUGGAAUUUUUAAGUUUAAAUAGUUCAGAUAAAGAAGAAAAACUAUUCAAUAUGGUUAAAAAGAUAGAAGCAGUGCGAUUUAUAAAUAUAUUAAAGAAAAGCAAAAAGCCUAUCUUAAUUAUAAACCUCGAGCUCAAAUAUCCUAAUUCUCUGAAGAAGAAGAUAGAAUACUAAUCUUGCUUGUUAAAAAAUUAGGACCUAAGUUUGAUAAAAUAACAAGAUAUUUCUCUGGAAAAACUGUCAAUAUGAUUAAAAAUAGAUACUAUAAAUCUCUUCGAUACAUUGAAUCUCAAGAAAUUCCUAAAAAAAUCGAACAAGAACUUAUUUAAAGUAAUAAUGAGUCAAGGAUUAUUGGCAGAAAAAUUCUAAAUUAAUGGCCACAACAUAAAUAAAUGAACUCUCUGAUAGAAUAAAGUCCUCUUUUUCCAGAAGCUAAAGAAAUUUUGCACACAUUUUUUACCUCAUUUUAAUUAGUCAUUAGUAAUUGCAAAAAAUGA